ACAGCCCUAAACAUUCUUCGCUGUACAUUAGGUACCUAACCUAAGUACAAUACAUCUUCAGACCUUUAAACCUCCUCAGACCAGUCACCAAUAACAACAUUAGGUUAUAGGUUAGGUACCUCACAUACGUACUACUACUUAUUUAGAGAACUUUGCAAACAACUUCUUCGAUAUCCCGAGACUUCAAGGUCUCAACUCAAGCUCAGCAUGCAGUCCGGAAUAUCUGCCUCCCAAGAGCUGGUCACCCAGUUCAACAAGUUCUUAGCCGACCCAGCACAGUUCGGACUACUCGUUACCAUCACCGGCGAAUCCCUAACUCCAUCAACCACCAUUCAGCGGUCCUCCCUAUCGACCGACUUCGAUUCCGACCUACCCAAGCUGUCCCCUUACCUGAAACCCGACGAACCUCUCUAUGUCAUCUUGCGGAGAUACGACGCCGCUCCAUACCUAAUAGCUGUUACCUAUGUGCCCGACACGGCCAAGGUUCGGCAGAAGAUGCUGUUCGCGUCGACGCGGCUGACCCUUGUGCGUGAGCUGGGGUCGGAUCACUUCCGCGAGACUAUCUUCACCACUAUGGCCGAAGAGCUGACUGCCGAGGGCUUUAAAAAACACGACCGCCAUAACGAGCUCGAGGCACCUUUAACGGAAGAGGAGAGGUCGUUGGGGGCGGUCAAACGAGCUGAGGCCGAAGCGGGUGCUGGUACUGGCGUUCGUGAGAUCCACCUUAGCAAGACCAUGAACAUGCCUGUCGCUACCGAUGCGCUGGUCGCCCUAAGCGCUCUAAGCCGUGAGGAUGGAAGUAGUAUAGUGAUGCUCAAAAUCAAUCCCGAGAGCGAAGUUGUAGAGCUAGUACAAGACUCAUCUUCGCCUUCCACAAUCCCUGAGCUCGUCAAUACUAUUUCAUCCACCGAGCCUCGUUUCACAUUCUUCCGAUACAAAGCUACACCCCCGAGCGGAGGAGAAGAGAAGAACGUGAUACUAUUCUUUUACACAUGUCCCGUUUCCGCAGCUACCAAAGCUAUCAAGUUCAGAAUGAUGUACCCGCUUAUGAAGCGUGCCGUGCUCGAGGUGGCUACGAAAGAGGCUGGACUUAAUGUCGAGAAGAAAUUCGAGCUCGAGGAUCCGAGCGAGAUCACCGAACAGUCCGUUACGUCCGAGUUGUUCCCAGAGGCGGAAGUUAAGACAGCUUUCAGAAGACCCAAGAGGCCCGGCAGGUGAAAUAUCUCAAUACGAAUUUGAUUAGAUCAGACCGACUAGUAUAUUAGCGGACAUGAACUUGGAAUUAGCGAGAACCUAUAGGAGAUAAGGAAGCAAUGCGAUUAUAUUUCGCUAGAUAUCCUGAUAUGAUAUGAUAUGAUAUAAAUAUGACACCAACACGAUUAAAAUUCCAAAUGGCCAACGCGAGAUCUCCCCUCCAUAGUAGCCAUGCUACUACAAUAUCGCACACAGUAACCUAGAUGAUCCUACUCGCCAAGACAGGUAUACAUACA